GGCCCGGCGCACAGCCCCCGGGGGCCGACCUGGAGUGUACAUGCUCAUGCCCCCUGGCCGCCGGGCACCUGAGGCUGAGUCAGAGGCACAGAAUUAGGCCCGACCUACUGUGGGGUAGGGUCUGUUCUGUGUCCUUCUGACAGCCUGGCAUGGGUGCAGCAUUCUCCAGGAGUCUGUUACUAAGACUGAUGCGUCAUCCUCAGAGCUGCCAGCCGGGGCGGAGUUGGAUUAAGAGGACUGAGAACUCUUUGGUGGACUUCUCGGGACCCAGGGUCCCAACUGCCACAGUGAUUAGCCACACCUAUAAGGGUCUGCCUCCUAGACUUUAGCUAGCUUCCCCUUCUAGAAAUGGAAAAGGGCUUAAUGACAUUUCCCUGGUGUCCUUUUCCAGGCAUCCAGCAGGCGUUUAAUAACUGGCCAAAUAAUUAUUGAUGUUUCUAAAUAAGGAAUACUAAUGGCUGAGUCUGGCCUCAAUCCCAGUGUCCCUGCGAGGCCCGCCGCAGGGGCGGUACAGGGCACAGUAUAAAUGGGAGACUGCGUGCGCUUGGGCACUGCGGGGGCCCAGGGUAGCCGCGGAGCAGCAGGAUGGAGAUCCCUGUGCCUGUGCAGCCUUCCUGGCUGCGCCGGGCUUCAGCCCCUUUACCGGGAUUUUCCCCUCUGGGACGUCUCUUUGACCAGCGUUUCGGCGAAGGGCUACUUGAGGCAGAACUGGCUUCACUGUGCCCUGCUGCGAUCGCCCCCUACUAUCUGCGCGCCCCCAGUGUGGCGUUACCCACAGCCCAGGUGCCCACGGACCCUGGACAUUUUUCCGUGCUGCUGGAUGUGAAGCACUUCUCGCCAGAGGAAAUCUCCGUCAAGGUGGUUGGCGACCACGUGGAGGUCCAUGCUCGGCAUGAGGAGCGCCCGGACGAACAUGGAUUCAUUGCUCGAGAGUUCCACCGCCGAUACCGCCUGCCUCCCGGCGUGGACCCUGCUGCAGUGACCUCGGCACUGUCUCCUGAGGGUGUCCUGUCCAUCCAGGCCUCACCAGCGCCAGCCCAGGGCCAACUUCCGUCACCACCUGCUGCCAAGUAGGGGGUCCCAGCACUACAGGACCGAACCUGGGAAGCCUCCUUAGGCUCUCUUUUAAAAGCCGACCUGACUCCACUGCCCAGCCAGACGUCCCAAUCGCUGUCAAGACCGCUUUUCCCAACCACAUGGAGAUGUCCUCCCGAGACCUUUCCACCAAACCCUACCUGAAACUUAGUAACCUAGACACCCCCCCAAGCCCUCUCCCUCAGUAACUUAGACACCCUCCCUAAGCCCUCUCCCUCAGUAACCUAGACACCCCCCCAAGCCCUCUCCCUCAAUAACCUAAGCCCUCUCCCUCAAUAACUUAGACACCCUCCCUAAGCCCUCUCCCUCAGUAACUUAGACACCCCCCUAAGCCCUCUCCCUCAGUAUCCUAGACACCCCCCCAAGCCCUCUCCCUCAGUAACCUAGACAACCCCAAGCCCUCUCCCUCACCUUCUAUCACCACUCAGGCCUCCUAUCGCACUUGUACCACGGUGACUCCAGAGUACAGUGUAGUCACCUAAUUCUCCACAGUGACCCAGCCUACAUGGGCUUUCCACAUCAGAGCAUCCCAACCUGGUCCACCAACUCUAGCUCCUGUUCCUGUGACCUAAUGCUCCUCUGUCCCAGCCCACUUUCUCACUUAAAACUCCAGGCACCUAAAUUCUUGAAUACUAUUCUGACCUCCGAUUUUGGGGACACCUAUUCCCGACUAACCAGGAACCCCAAACCCAAACUGUAUGGAUACUUCAACUUCUCCAGAUGUGCUGUGCUAGGCCAAUGAACAAGAACCCUCGAGUUCCUCUGUCCUGGCUCCCCAUCUGUAGCUAGAUGUCUCAGGGAGCCUCCUUCACAUCUGCCGUCCUCUAAGGCCACACCUGCACUGCAACAUCUCCCAUCUCCCCAGGCCUUCCUACCAUCAAUCCCCAAUAAAUGCACUUGAGAUUUGUCAAC